CUCAGCGCCCGUGAGCAAACCGACCGUGGAGCCGAACCAACACGGCCAGUAUGAGCUAGACAACCUCACGGCCAAUAUACUACAGGACGAACUGAAGCAGAUUAUGAUUAAGGUUUGGCAAGAGUUGCCAGACUCGCCGCCGACGGAAGCCGAGGAGGUGGUCAUAAACAAGUUCAGAAACGAAGCGGGGGAUGACUUGGCGAAUGCGAUGGGGCUAAAUGCUACAGCAAGAUUAUUAAAUGUGCACAAUCCUCUGUAUGCCAAGCUCUAUUUCUCCGGGAAACCCGAAGCCGGUUGCCUUCAAGCCUUCAUCGGCGAACACAGGAUAACAGCUUUCAAGCGUAUAGCGCACAGCGACUGCGACAUAUUCGCGGCGCGCUUCGACCAUAUAGCGCACUUCGACCGCCUGUGCGUCCAUAGGGAAGUCAAAUGUGGUGAGUUAACCGAUUUACAACCUUACUGCAAGGUGAUAAGACACAAUAUCACUGUCAAGCGUGUCCAUAUAGCGGACUUCGACCGGCUGUGCGUCCAUAGGGAAGUCAAAUGUGGUGAGUUAACCGAUUUACAACCUUACUGCAAGGUGAUAAGACACAAUAUCACUGUCAAGCGUGUCCAUAUAGCGGACUUCGACCGGCUGUGCGUCCAUAGGGAAGUCAAAUGUGGUGAGUUAACCGAUUUACAACCUUACUGCAAGGUGAUAAGACACAAUAUCACUGUCAAGCGUAUCGCACACAGCGACCGCGACAUAUUCGCGGCGCGCUUCGACCAUAUAGCGGACUUCGACCGCCUGUGCGUCCAUAGGGAAGUCAAAUGUGGUGAGUUAACCGAUUUACAACCUUACUGCAAGGAGAUAAGACACAAUAUCACUGUCAAACGUGUCCAUAUAGCGGACUUCGACCGGCUGUGCGUCCAUAGUGAAGUUAAAUGUGGUGAGUUAACCGAUUUACAACCUUACUGCAAGGUGAUAAGACACAAGAUCACUGUCAAGCGUGUCCAUAUAGCGGACUUCGACCGGCUGUGCGUCCAUAGGGAAGUCAAAUGUGCGGACUUCGACCGGCUGUGCGUCCAUAGGGAAGUCAAAUGUGGUGAGUUAACCGAUUUACAACCUUACUGCAAGGUGAUAAGACACAAGAUCACUGUCAAGCGUAUCGCGCACAGCGACCGCGACAUAUUCGCGGCGCGCUUCGACCAUAUAGCGGACUUCGACCGGCUGUGCGUCCAUAGGGAAGUCAAAUGUGGGACCGCCACGGUAAUAGUCGUCCCGUGCUACAAAUAUUUCUCCAGCCCGCCAGCAAUCAAAUCCAUUUAUGCCGACAAUAUCGCCAACAUUAAAAAGAAAACCGAUACUAGUCCACAAAAACCUGAUACUGAUAAAAUAGAAAAAAGCGUUGCAGAGAAAAAUGAGAAAAGCUUUGAAAACGCUGAAGCUAAAGCCGAUAAUGCAGUAGCAGAUACGAAAGUAGAUGCAGAAAAAGAAGUAGUUAAAACACCAUCAAAUACUACUCCUAAAACUGUGACUGCUACUAAGGUAGCAGAGGCGAAAACAGUUACAGUUAAACCCACAGCACAAGAAAAACCAAAAGCAGUAGUGAAAGAAACUCCCAAAGAUGCUCCAGUAGAAACUAAAAAAGUGACACCUAAAAAAGUUGAAAAUAAUGUCAGCAAGGGUGAUAAACAAGCAAAAAUAGAUAGUAUUGAUGAUAUGAUGGUUGUUGAUGAAGAAGUUGGUGAAGAAGAAAAUGAUGAUGAGGAAAUGACUGAUCAGGAUAUACUGGCUCUGAUGUCUGGAGGAAUCGUUUUAGAUGAAUGUAGUGGGUCUGAUGAUGAGAAAUAG